UUUCGACUCUGGCUUGCAGCUGUACUAGUCUGCAACAGAAGCUCGUUCGGUGGAGUAGCAACAAAACUUGCGUUCAAGAUGUUCGCUACAAAGCGCUUGGGCAAGGUAUAUGCACGACAAGCUACCACCAGGCAUAACCCUCAUCCAAGCCGACGACUUCAAAACCUGGCUGGUCGACAUUUCAGUCGUCGACUCCAACCCGCUCUACCUAAACGAAACCUACCGCCUGAAAUUCGCCUUCAGCCCACAAUACCCCAUCGAGCCCCCAGAAGUCACCUUCGUCCGCGACGCCAACCACCCCAUCCCCUGGCACCCGCACAUCUACUCCAAUGGCAUCAUCUGCCUCGACCUGCUCGACCGCUCUGGUUGGUCGCCCGUGCACAAUGUCGAGAGCGUCUGUGUGAGUCUGCAGAGCAUGCUGUCGAGUAAUUCAAAGAAGGAGAGGCCUGAGGGAGAUGAGAAUUUCGUCAGGUAUAAUACGCAGAGGCCGAGGGAUAUCAACUUUGUGUUUCAUGAUGAUACAGUCUGAGCGGGGAUAGGAGAAAGGGAAAGGCGCAGAGUUGAUGCAUGGCAUUUGGCGUUUGGGAUUCUUUCGGAAGAGCAUAUUGGAGGGGAAAUGGAGUUUGGGGGCAUGCGGGGACUAUACCCAAGGAUGGUUAUGGAUAAUGUGACAUGAAAUAUGAUAUCGCUGCAAGCCAUUCAAUCUUUAUUCUUGGAAUAGAUGUUUACGAUCUUU